UGUUUAGAAGUUAAAGGAAGUAAUAAAGAAAACAUAAACAAAAUGUCUUUCAAGGUUCUGUGUUUGGUCAUUCUCGCUGUGGUUUCCUUCGCCGAUUAUGGAUAUGGACAUGGCCACGCAUAUUCGUCUCAACAUAUUUCUCGACAUGACGGACAUCCGAAGAUUGUGCAUCUGCAUGGACAUCACGGACAUAAUCAUAUCGAUUACCACACGCAUCCCAAGUACACGUUCGAGUACAAAGUGCACGACGACCACACCGGCGACAUCAAGUCGCAGCACGAGACGCGCGACGGUGACGUUGUGAAGGGCUACUACUCGUUGCACCAGCCUGAUGGUUCCGUGAGAGCUGUUCACUACCAUGGCGACCACCAUACCGGAUUCCACGCUGAUGUCAAGUAUGAUACGCAUCACAUUAUUCCCAAGAAACACUAUUAUUAGCUUAGAUAAAUAAGUUUGACAUUUAUUUGUUCUUUAGUUAAAAUAAGUGAAAAUUAUUGUAAUGAAUGUUGUAUGAUGGAUGACCUACCGACCGCCAAACUUCAAUUUAAAGAUGGUACCCGACGAUGCAUGAUAAGAUGUUGAUUUACAUUGUUAUAUUUGUACAGUUUGUUAAUAAAU